UCUGCGACACCCAAUGCCUCCGCGAAAACAGUGUGCCAAUCCAUUAUUUGAAGGAUGGCUGAAAGAAAAACUGAUGCAACUGAAAGAGAAAACGCCCGACUCAAACUUUUGCUUCACCUAUGAAAAGGCGCUUAGAGGUAUACGAGAAUAUCCAGAGCCUGUUGACAUUCAUUCAGUCACACGAGUCAAAUACAUCGGCCCCAAAAUCGCCUCCUUUCUCAAGAAGAAAAUGGAGCAGAACGGUGUCGACGUCGGUGGCACUGAAUUUCCAUCGUUGCCGCUUACGCCAAAAAAGCGUGGCAGACAACCGAGCAAGAAGGCUGCACAGCGGCGAGAUGAUGACAGCCCAAUCGCUGGACCCUCGACGGGGAAGCGAUCUGUGAGUUCACGAGAUGCCUCGGGAUCACGUCCUGUCAAACGUCCUGCCUACUCCGAUGGCGAUUAUUCCGACGCCGUCCCGCAUAAUAUCUUCCAGUUUUGUUAUCUUGUGAGCAAUAUUAAUGAAGCACAUAUUCAAGGAUACUCCGGGGAAAAUUCACAUCGCUUGGGCUAUAAAGUUCGAUAUCUGGUGGGGCGUGAAUACGCCAUGCAAGAACGGCUCUAUGGUUCCAAGCCUUCAGGCGAUGGGAUAUCAGCUACCGCCUUCAUGGAUAUUGACGACACCGACUAUUUCCCAAUAUCAACACUGUCACCAGAGGAAUUUGCACGACCGUCCCUUUCUGAUCUGUUAUCUGCGGAAACUGCUGGACAACGUAGAACAGUGUAUUCUCUCGAUCCUAGCAGGCAGGCUUCAACAUCGUAUUCCAAAGCAAGCACGUCGACAGUCAGUUCCAUUGAAGAACGAUUGAAGGCUAUAGAGGAAAGGCUUGGCAAUGCUCCCCACCAGGCAACAACCUCCCGUUCCAGUCUGCAACGAAUUGGGACAUAUUCUCUGCCUUCUACCCCACAAAUAUCUCCAUCCAGAGCCAAAGCUGCCCUUAUCGCAGAUGAACCACCUGCAAUGGCGAGCAAUGUGACUUUGUCGAAUUUGAAUUUUGGUCGGGUUGCAUCAAUGUCUAGGAGCCCAAUACGUCCUCCCCCUCCUAGAAGCGCUGCACCUAGUGCAUUUGGUGCGAGCAGGUCUCAAAGUGAUGCAGCUCGUACUUACGAGAUUGUUUUGAUUAUGGAUAAUCGGGAAAUUAAAGAUCAACGGAAUCGGGACUAUUUCAAAGUACAACUAGAAGCUCGAGGCAUCAAAGUGGAGGUGCGAGCGCUGGUUCUGGCCGACGCUUGCUGGAUUGCGCGGAAGAUAAAUCGAUUUGGCGACGAGAUGGAUGAAGUCGUACUCGAUGCCAUCGUAGAACGGAAAACAUUGAAAGACCUGCACUACAGUAUCGUCAAAGACAAGCGGUUUCAUGAGCAAAAGUUUCGUUUGCAUCAGUCUGGUAUCACGCACGUAUACUACCUUGUUGAGAAUUACAAGGUGGAUCAUGCUCUCAAGGAGUAUGAACUUCAGAUCAAUACCGCACUGUCAUCAACGCAGGUCGUUGAUGGUUUCAUGGUAAAAGAGACGCGUGAUAUAAAAGACACCAUUACCUGGUAUGUCGGUGUACAUAAGGGUCUAAUGGAUGCCUACAAGGAGAAAGACCUGUACAUCAUUCCCUCGACAGCUAUCAGACGACACAGCUACCUAGAUACGCAAAAGAUGCUCCGAGACCGCCAUCCCGAUCGGGUCUAUCUGACCACGUUUACGCAGUUCCAGUCUCUGAACUCCAAGAACAGAUUCACAACUGUGAGCACUGUCUGGGCGAAGAUGCUAUUGAGCGUGCAUGGUUUGAGCGCAGAGAAGGUGGGCGCUAUCCUGAACAAAUACCCAACCCCUACCAGUCUAUACGUGGCAUUUCGCGAAGCGGAAGAUCUACAGCGGGUGAUGCAAGAAUUUGAAGAUAGCAAUGGUGGUCCGCAGGUGCCGAAAGGAAAGCGGAAGGCUAGGAGCGACGUACCCAAGGCAGAGUUGCUGUUGACCGAUAUAAACCGGGAGAGUGGGAGACCUAUUGGGGAUGCCUUGAGUAAGAAGAUUUAUACCCUGCUGAUGUCGGAUGAUUAUAUCUCUGAUGAGUGA